AUUUUUUGCAUCUUGAGUUUUAAUUUAAUUUUUUAAAGUGUAUUGAGAUGGACCUGAAGUGGAAUUCUGGCAGAGUUUCUCAUCCAGCCUCAGCUGCAGUCCAGGUGACUGAUUUGAAUUGGCGAGGCAACCUAAAUCCCAGUCCACUGAUUAAAGAUGAUGGAGAGCUAUUUAUGGAUAAAUACCUUUCCCCCAGGAAACUGAAAAUUUUGACAGGGGUAGAUGAUCUGCAGCAAGUAAAGGCCCUUCAGAUGCGAGUAGAUACAAGAGAGAACAGCUUGGGAAACUUGGGUCCCUAUCUACCUAAUCUAAGAGAACUGAAGUUGAACAAUAGCUUGCUUGUGUCUGUGAGGGAUCUUGGAACCACAUUGUCCCAUCUCCACAUCCUGUGGAUGGCUCAUUGUGGGCUCUCAGAUUUAGAUGGGAUAUCUUCCUGCAGCUCCCUAAAAGAACUCUACAUAGCCUAUAACAAUAUCUCAGACCUGAGCCAGCUGACCUGGUUGGAUUGCCUUGAGGUUUUGGACCUGGAAGGGAACAAUAUUGAGGACAUUAACCAGAUGCAGUACCUGGGACUUUGUUGCAAGCUGAGCCACCUGACGGUGGAGGGCAACCUUAUUUGUCUGAAGCCAAAUGCAGAAUCUGCAGAGGAACCAGAUUAUAAUUACAGAGCUGAAGUAAAAAAACUCAUUCCCCACUUGGAGUAUUUGGAUGACAUACCAGCAAGCCAGACUGCUCUCCUUCCUUCCAAAAAGAUGCAUGAGGAUUGCCUAAUUACCAAGGAAUCCAUCAAGGAAGGUGCUUUAGCUGGAGACAUUUCAUGGUUAGGUAUGCAAGUAGCAAGGCAAUCUGGUUAUGGCUCAAGACUUCUGACAACUUCUAGAUCUGGAAAUGCACAGUGGUCUGCUAAUGCAGAGAGAUGUAGCAAUGCCUGCUUGUUGUAUAAUGACUGUCCUCUUCCAGAUCCCACUGUUCCUGCUGAGCUGUUCCCAGAAGAUGACUCCAGUUAUUUGACACAUGGACUCAGUCAAGUUAUAUGUGGGAACCCGACCAAGGCCCUUCAUGCAAGGAGGCAAAAGCUAGGUCCACCUGCCGUGAGCCCUUUGAAACUCUGCAUUCUGAGGACAGAAAACCUUUAUGGAGGAGAAAGAGAGGAUCUGCACCAGGAAGAUGUGUUCUCUGAAAUGCGAGUGCAGAGAAAGCAGCACAAGUGCCUGCAAAUAGAUCAGCAAGAAAAAGCUGCUCAAGCACUGAAGAUAACUCCUAGUGAUGGGAAAGAGGGUGAAAAAUCUAGCCUGCCUGACAGCUGUGAAGAUGAGUUGAGGGAGGCCUGUGAUGAGGACCUCACUGAAAGGAUUUCUCUUGAUUCUUCUUGCCACUCCUGUCUCUCCCAGUCUUCCUCAGAACCAGAUACUAAAGCGAAUACCUCGACUCUGUGUGUGGAUCGGCUUCUUGCACACCGGGUAACAGACCCCGCUUUCGGGACAACACCGGCAGUGUAG